UCUCUGUUUCCAAAGAAAGCGCUGAUUAUCUCUUUCUCGCAGCUUCUCUGUAUUUCCUCUUCAGAAACAAAACCCUAGCAUCCAUCCUCCAUCCUCUAGUAGCCAUACGUGAUGAUGAUAGAAACCAUGAAAUCGUCACACAUGUUGUUUUUCAGUUUAUAUCAUGUAAGGUCUGACAUAUAUAUUUUCAGGUCUCGCCUAGAUUUGAGAUUUAGAAGCAGAAAGCGAGAAGGCUAAGAGGAUGGUGAAGGACGUGGCAACCUACUUCUCUAUGACUUUGGGGGCUUUUGUGUUCUGGCAAUCCAUGGAUGAAGUCCACGUCUGGAUUGCUCUGCAUCAGGACGAAAAGGUAAAAAUCUCUUCUUUCUCAUGCUGCAGGUGCAAUUUCUUUGGGGGCUUUUGUGUUUUGAUUUUUUCAUAGUGAAGGUGCCUAACGAAAGGGUCAAGGAUAAGGAUGAGUCAGCAGAGAAUCCAAGCCUUUGUGACUUAUAUUCAAAUAUCUGCAAUGUGUACGGCGGUAGACUGGUUUCACUUGUAGAAUAAUAAAUGACAAGGAGCUUGAAGGAUUUAUUUCUGCAGACCUAAUUGGCUUAGCUCUGUUGGGGAGUUUUUCUGUACUGCUUUCACUGGGAGGAAAAAUGGCUGCCAUGAAAUUGUGAUCUAAAAUUGAUGCCUUCCAUAGACAAGGACACGAGACAAGGACAGCCCUGGCAUGCAACCUAUCAUCCUUAAUUUGACAUUUGUUUUCACAGAUACACGCACUUAUAUUCUUUGAAUUGUUCUGAUAUUGGUAUCAUAAUUAAACUUGUGGUUGUGUGGUUUUGGUGUAGUGAGAUAUGAGGAGUGAUGAAGGAGCUACAUAAACUCUAGCGAGCUGCAUGAAGUAGUGAGAUGCAUGAAGGAGCUAUAUGAAGGAGUUAUAUGAAGGAGUGAUGAAAAAGCUAUAUGAAGGAGCUACAUACACUGUAUGUACGAAAGGGAAGAUGCUUUUAUCUGUACAUAUUCGAAAUAAUUCAAGUUUGCAUUUUCGAAGUUUGAGGACUAGUGUUAAUAUGUUCAAACACAUAUCUUAGGUUUGUAAUGAAUGUAUUGGCUUUACCAUAUUGAUCUUAUAUACGUUUGUUUUUAUUAA